GUGGAUAUAUUUUGUUGAUCUUGUGAAAAUGGGUGGAGGAUUCAGAGUACUGCAUCUUGUCAAACCAUUUCUUUCAUUUCUGCCUGAAGUUCAGAGUGCUGACCGGAAGGUUCCGUUUAGAGAGAAGGUCAUAUACACUGUCAUCUCUCUUUUCAUCUUCCUGGUCUGCAGUCAGCUGCCUCUGUAUGGCAUACAUUCUACAACUGGGGCUGAUCCCUUUUACUGGAUGCGUGUAAUUCUUGCAUCAAACCGCGGUACAGUCAUGGAACUGGGGAUUACACCAAUUGUCACUUCUGGACUGGUGAUGCAGCUAUUGGCUGGUUCAAAGAUUAUUGAAGUGGACAACAAUGUCCGAGAGGACCGUGCACUCUUAAAUGGUGCUCAAAAGUUGUUAGGUAUCCUGAUUGCAGUUGGGGAAGCAGUAGCUUAUGUCCUUUCAGGGAUGUAUGGCAGUGUCAAUCAAUUGGGCGUUGGGAAUGCUAUUCUUAUUAUCAUUCAGCUUUGCUUUGCUGGUAUUAUUGUCAUAUGCUUAGAUGAACUCCUUCAGAAAGGAUAUGGUCUUGGCUCAGGAAUUUCCCUAUUUAUAGCUACCAACAUCUGUGAAAGCAUUAUCUGGAAAGCAUUUAGUCCCACUACCAUCAAUACUGGACGUGGAGCUGAAUUUGAAGGUGCCAUUAUUGCUCUGUUCCAUCUACUGAUAGCUAGGACAGACAAAGUCCGUGCUCUUAGAGAGGCUUUCUACCGACAAAAUCUUCCCAAUGUUACAAAUCUGCUUGCCACAGUGCUGAUCUUCCUAAUAGUUAUCUAUUUCCAAGGCUUCCGUGUUGUUCUCCCUGUCAGAUCAAAGAAUGCUCGUGGACAGCAAGGCUCUUAUCCAAUAAAGCUCUUCUAUACCUCCAACAUGCCUAUUAUUCUUCAGUCUGCCCUUGUAUCCAACCUUUAUUUCAUUUCUCAGUUGCUAUACAGGAAAUACAGUGGGAACAUUUUUGUCAAUUUGUUGGGCACAUGGAAGGAAUCUGAAUACUCGGGCCAGUCUGUUCCUGUUGGUGGACUUGCUUACUAUGUUACUGCACCAUCAAGCUUGGCAGAUAUGUUGGCAAAUCCAUACCAUGCUCUUUUCUACAUUGUGUUCAUGCUCUCAGCCUGUGCUUUGUUCUCAAAGACGUGGAUUGAAGUAUCUGGCUCUUCAGCCAGAGAUGUUGCCAAGCAGCUUAAGGAGCAACAAAUGGUGAUGCCAGGACACCGCGAUUCCAAUCUGCAGAAGGAAUUGAACCGUUACAUUCCUACAGCAGCCGCUUUUGGUGGAAUGUGCAUUGGUGCACUGACGGUGUUGGCAGACAUGAUGGGAGCCAUAGGUUCAGGAACUGGAAUUCUUCUUGCAGUGACAAUCAUAUACCAGUAUUUUGAGACAUUUGAGAAGGAGAAGGCCAGUGAACUAGGUUUCUUGGGACUGUAGGUUUUUUAUUACAAGGAAGGGAGAUACCCAUACAAUCUAUGCCUACAACGAGGCUCGAAACCUAGACCUCCCACAUAGGGGAGCAAUCCGAUACCAGUGGACCAUAAGCCACUUGGUAACCUAGAUAAGAAGAUAAUAUAUGUUCAAAGAACAAUGAGGACAUGUGGUCAAUUUUACAGAGUUUUCUUCAAAGUAUUCUUUUAAUACG